AUGCUCGCCCUCGGACAAGAGCUCGUGGACGCGUGGGAUCCACAGGCAGAGAAGCUGACGAAGUUCUCUACCGAUGUGAAGGACCAACUGGAGAUGCAGGGAGCUUCCGACUACUUCCUGGACAGUGCCGACCGAAUCCACUUCUUCAUCGAGAAGGAUGCAGGAGAUGAGGACGGCAAGAUCAAGAAGUCCGUUUCUAAAGCUCGAUCCCUGAACAAGGUUGGUCACGGCCUUCACGUGGCAGAUCCUGUGUUCCGGGAGUACAGCCAGUCCAGCAAGGUGGCGGAGCUUGUGGCGGAGCUUGGCUGGCGUGACCCGGUGUUGCCGCAGUCCAUGUACAUCUUCAAGCAGCCGGCUACCGGAAGCGAGGUCACCUCUCACCAGGAUUCCUCCUUCCUGUACACGACGCCCAAGCCUACCUGCAUGGGUCUGUGGCUGGCCUUGGAUGAUGCAACUCUGGAGAACGGCUGCUUGUGGGCCAGGCCUGGCUCGCACAAAGAAGCUGUUCGAAGGAUCUUCGUGCGGAACCACGAGUACUUCGAAGGAGGAAACCGGAAAGCCACGCAGCUGAUCUUCCAGAACCUGGAUGACGGCAAGGUUCCGCCAUGGGAAUGGGAGGGCAAGAUGCCCGCCGGCUCUGAGCCACCAAGCAGCGGCUUGCGGGAGAAAGGCUUUGCAGCUUUGGAGUGUGAGGCUGGCGAUCUCGUGGUCAUCCAUGGCCAGGUAGACCACCUGUCGCUGGCGAAUACCAGCAGCAAGCCCCGUGAGACCUUCCAGCUGCAUCUGGUCGAAGG